AUUAGUUCCGCUGCAUUUAACCAUCUGCCGGAUUCGUUCUCUGUUUUUUCUCAUAGAAGUUAAAACCUUCCCUUGACUCUUUAUAAUCUUUAGUCAUUUAGCGGGGGCUUCCUCACCUCUCCAAGUUCUAUUUUUCUUCUUCUCCUUUGUAUUUCUUCAACUCGAAGUUUUGUGAUUGUCAUCGUCGCUUUUGCUACUGUUAUUUUUUGCUGCCAGCAAUGUCUUUCAGAGGAUUCAGUCGGUCAAAUGCUUCAUCGGGCAUGGGUGUUGCUGAUCACAGCAAAAACACCUUUAUGGAAUUGAAGCGAAAGAAGGUAUAUCGAUAUGUGAUCUUUAAGGUUGAUGAAAAGAAAAGAGAGGUUGUUGUCGAGAAGACUGGUAGUCCAGUUGAGAACUAUGAUGAUUUCACCGCAUCCUUGCCUGAGAAUGAUUGCAGAUAUGCUGUUUAUGACUUUGAUUUUGUGACUUCAGAAAACUGCCAAAAGAGUAAAAUAUUCUUCAUUGCAUGGUCCCCUUCAACCUCUCGAAUCCGUUCCAAGAUGCUGUAUGCCACAUCUAAAGACAGGUUUAGACGUGAAUUAGAUGGUGUCCACUAUGAAAUCCAGGCUACUGACCCGACAGAAAUGGAUCUCGAAGUGCUCAGAGAACGUGCAAAUUGAAAUUUCUGUUUUCUGGGCUACUUGUUACAAUGAGUUACUUUCCGUGCUUUGUCAUGCGUAAAGCAUAUAUAUAGCCCAUAUGGCCCCGGAGAUAUGAUUAUCUUUAGAUAUGAACCUAACGGCUUAUAAACUGGGCUUGUGUCAGUUGUUGCUACAAAUUUCAGUUUGCUUGACGGUUCUCUGUGAACUCAACAUUGAAAAACCUAAUAUGCCUUAUAUUAUGGAAGUAUGGUUGUUACACCA